AUGAACCCCUCUUCAGAGAAAGAGAGCCCUGAGCAACUCACAUCGGAGCCUUCUGAGAAAACCCCUGGGCAAAACACUAAUGGGGUAAUCAAUUCUUCUGCCACCGAAGCUCAAGCUCUGGAUUCAUCGGCAGUCAGUUCUCCCGAGACUGAUCAAGAAGAGCCAUCUGAAGAAGACCUAGCCAAUCUAAGGCACAUCAGCGGCAAAAUUCCAGUCGAAGCAUGGAUCGUUGCUUGGUUCUCUGGGGCUGAAAGGUUUGCCUACUAUGCAUUGCAGGCGCCGCUCCAAAACUAUAUCCAAAACCCUGCCAGCGGGUUUGGACGUCCAGGUGCAUUAGGCAUGGGCCAAUCGGUUGCUACAGCUCUCAACUCCUUUCUGAGGUUGGUGAGCUUCACUACACCCGUCUUUGCUGGCGUGUUGGCGGAUGGGCAUUGGGGGCCCUACAAAACUCUCGUUGUCUCGUGUGGACUAUACUUCACCGGCAUUCUCUUGCUCCUCCUGACCUCAAUUCCCCCAGCUCUGGAUGCUGGCGCCGGUCUUGGGGGCUUAAUCGGAGCCUUUAUCCUGAUAGGUCUCGGCGUUGGAGGCGUCAAGUCUAGUGUUGCUCCAUUCACAGCUGACCAGGUGCGGGUCACUGGAAAGCAGAUCCAGACGCUUGACUCUGGAGAGCGUGUCAUCGUAGACCACGAAGUGACGGUGAGACGUGUGUACAGCAUCUUUUACUGGUGUGCCAAUGUCGGUGCACUUUCUGGUCUUGCGAGCGUCACCAUGGAAAAGUAUCUCGGUUUCUGGACCUCAUUCUUGAUGUCUCUAGUUGCGCUCGCUUCUGGAACCGUGGUGCUUAUUCUUGGGCGCAACAGAUUUUACCGUCGAAAGCCCGAGGCAAGCUUUCGAGCCAAACUUCUGAGUGCACUUGGAUGCGCCAUCAGAGGAGGUUUCAGCUUGGAUUCUGCCAUGCCCGCUGUACAACUGGAGAAGCAUGGCCGAACCGUCCCUUGGGAUGACCAGUAUGUCGAGGAUCUUCGACAGGCCUUGCAGGCAUGCAGAGUAUGGGCCAUAUAUCCCAUUGUUUGGCUAUGUUAUGAGCAAAAUCAGACCAACCUGGUUUCUCAAUCCGGCCAAAUGGUCACCCACGGGAUUCCAAACGAUGCUGUAUCGAGUCUGAACCCCAUCUUUGUGCUCAUGGCUGUUCCGCUAUUCGAACACUGCGUGUAUCCGUACAUGCACAAGCUGAAGUUAAACCCAAGACCAACUGUCAGGAUGACGCUCGGGUUCAUCAUGAUUGCUUUCUCCAUGGCGAUAGCCGCUGGGGUGCAACAGGCUGUCUACAACGCUGGCCCUUGUUAUAACAUGCCUCUGGAAUGCGCAGCGUCAAACGACGGCCACAUUCCAAACCAAGUCAGCUUCACUUUGCAGAUACCUGUUCAUGCUGUCAGCGCUGUGGGCGAGGUAUUGUGGUCCGUCUCUGGAUCUGAGUAUGCAUACAACAAGGCUGCCUCACAUAUGAAGUCGACGCUUCAGGCGGUAACUAUGUUGACGCUGGCUUUGAACUCUGUCCUGGGACUUGCAGUCUCUCCUGCGGCACACAACCCAAACCUUGUCAUCUUGUUUUCCUCGUUUGCCGGUGCCAUGACGGUUGCUUCAGGGGUAUUUGGUUGGUUCUUUUGGACGAGUGACUAA